UUUUUUUUCUUGAAAUAAAACAUUGUGGAGUAGGUCAGGGCAUAGGGUUACAGACUUCCCCAGGAAACAUUUUCAGGGGUGGGGCAGAAGGUGUGAGUGGCUAGUUUUGUCCCAGAGCUAUAAAAAUGUCCCACAGUGUUUGAAUGCCAGCCAUGGACCCGGGUCCUAAUUGCCCCAAAUCAAAAUAAAUCACAUCUAUUUGUGUGCCCUUGAAUCUGUGCUCGGGGCUACGCACCUUCUUAAAGUGGUUUUUAUUCUUGAGCAGACACAUAAAAUUACUCUCUGUAAAAUACAGAGAAUAAUGGUGUAUUACCCCUGUGUUGUUCCCCACCCGCCUCCAGUUUAAGGAAGAGAACUCCCAUUCCCUCUCCAACCACCAUCCUUUUCUUAAUUCCCUGAGGUGACUACUGUCCUGAUUUUUAUAUUUAUCUCUUGCUUUUUUGACUACAUACUUGUAGCCUAAACAAGUCAUUUAGUUUUACACUUAUAAAUGGAUCCAUACUGUAGAUCCAUUUUGUAACUCGCUUUUUUUUGCUCAACAUUAUGUUCUUGAGAUUCGUCCAUGGUUUUGCAUAUAGCUGUAAUCUAUUCAUUUCUGCUGCUGAAUAGUAUUCCCUUGCAUAGGUAUUACCAAAAUGUAUUUAUCUAUUCUAUUGAAGGACACUGAAUGGUUUCCAGGUUUUUGAAAUUACAGGGUUGCUAGAAACAUUCUUGUAGGGGUCUCCUGUGCACAGCCCCAAGAAUUUCUCCAGAAAUCUUUCUAGGAGCAGUGAGGAAGACAGAAGAACCGCUCGGGCUGGUAAAGCCAUCUGCCAGGCACUACUGCCACCAUGCCCAAGAGAAAGGCAAAAGGAGAUGCUAAAGGUGACAAAGCAAAGGUGAAGGAAGAGCCACAGAGGAGAUCGGCACGGUUGUCUGCUAAACCUGCCCCUCCAAAACCAGAGCCCAGGGCAAAAAAGGCCCCUGCAAAGAAGGGAGAGAAGCUGGCCAAAGGGAGAAAGGGGAAAGCAGAAGGCAACAAAGAUGGGAACAACCCUGCAAAAAACCGAGAUGCCUCCACAGUCCAGUCACAGAAAGCAGAAGGCACCGGGGAUGCCAAGUGAAGUGUACUUUUUUGAUAGCUCUGUACUUCUAGUGACUCUACUGUUUGAAAUACUAUCUUUUUUAAAUCAAAUUUUGUAAAAACGUAGAUUUUUUUUUAAGUUAUGUUGUUAGCACACAAGACGCUUUGUUGUUAUCUUUUGUGGAAAGGGCAAAAUAACCACUAGUAGAAUGUUUCAGAAGCUGGAUUGAAAUGGGGGAAAACAGAAUUUUCUAUCCUCAUAUUUGAAGAUUAUUCUUGGUUCCCAGGAGAGAUUCUCUGACAUUCACACAUGACAGCCACUAUGGCUCAGAAGCCUUACCGUGUGGGGAAGCAAAACUUCAUGUCUUCUCCUUUCCUGAUGCCAUCAACACAUCCUUGACUUCCUGAAACCAAGAGUCAUGAUGCGGCCUUGGCACCCUAGAAUCAGCUGUGUCAGGUAACAAUACUCAGGAUUUCUGGUGAUGACAUCAAGAUGGUGUUGCUCAAAAGAGCCAGGAUUCCUGUUUGUAGUUUGUGGAUCAUCUCAUUAAUAAUCCUGGAGUUUUUAGUUCCUUUCCUCCAUGUCAGAGGUGACCUGUGAAAAGCUCUUAUAUGCCUCAUGUGAAAUAUUCACCCUUUCUGAAAACUUUUCCUGUUCAUUGCAGCAGCAGACUUUGUUGACUUUUUGGGGAGGGGAGUUUGAAAGUUGUAAGAUGUUACGGAUUGUCACCCAUGUCCUGCUGGAAGUAACUAUUUUUGAAAAGUAUCUUAUAAAGCUGGAUACAAGUUGGCUUCAUGGGAGGGGAGGGAUCAUUUCCUACUCCAAGUCAUAAAGAUAUCCUUUACUGCCUUGUAAAAGUUUUAUAGUUUUGCUUUUCACAUUUGUCUUUAGUCUUCCCUGAACUGAUUUUUGCAAAAAUAUGAGAUAGUAAUUCAAAAUAAUAUUUUUUCCAUAUGGUAAGUGGUUGUCUCAACCACUUGGUUGUCCCAACUUUUCUGAAAAGUUCUUCCUUUCCCCACUGAUCUGUAAUACUGGCUCUUUUCAUAAAUCAAGUUUCUUCUGCGGGGGGGUCUGUUGAUGGUUUCGAUUCUGACUCACUGGUCAAUUUGUCUAACCUUGUGGCAAUACUA